AUGACGGAAACACCCGAUAAGCGAAAACUCAGUGAAUUACGUGUGGUGGACCUAAAGCAGGAGCUGGAAAAACGUGGCAAGGAUGGCAAUGGGGUGAAAAAUGUGCUUCUGGAACGGCUCACACAGACGCUGCGUGAGGAAGGUCAUGAUCCGGAGUCCAUGGAGUUUGAGAUUGUUGUUGGUAAAACGUCCGUAAAGAAAGGUAAAGCUAACGCUGGCGGUAAGACGGAUGAGGAAUCGAGUAACACGGAUGCGACGGCCACCAACGAAUCGAGUGCCGAAAUAACGGAGACCAACGCAGCUUCCGAGGAAGAGGUUGCAAAUAAAAGUGAAAAGACAAACGACGACGAGGAUGAACAGGGCACGAAAGCCGAAUCCGUCAAGCAGGAAGUGAGCGAAAAGAAGGAACCAAACGCUGCGGAAGAAGCUGCGCAAGAGAAAACAAACUUGAAGCAGGAGAAGGACGAUUUUGUGAAGCCAACAGAGGCUGUAUCGCACGCAAAAACCGUCCCAAAGCAGCAAGAGCAAAAUAAACCCGUGGAUAUGAAGGAAGACUCGAAGGAAGCGGACAACGAAGAUUCGUUGAAUCUUACGAUUGGCGAGGAAGAUGAAAAGUUGCUACACGACAGCAACAUGGACGCUGAUCAGAAAGAUGUCGACACUCAGAAAAAGGAGCAACCGGCUGCAAAGGUUAAGGAAAGUGCUUCGGAAGAAUCGAAGAAAAACGACGAAAAACGCGAGGGCAAGAUCGAGAAAACCGUGGUCGCAUCCAGCACCGAAAAAGACGGCGCGGCAUCAAAAACAACAUCAUCAACGGCGGCUUCAGCGCGAACCGGAGGUGAAAAGGCGACGACAGCUUCGCCCGCAAACACCACAUCCACUGCUGCAACCGCUGGUGGCGCCGCUGGGGGUGAUGAGAAAACGAAGGGCAGCUCCGACGGUGGAAGCGGCACGGCUGCUAAUGUAGGUCGCAAUCUGUGGGUAUCGCGGCUAUCCUCCCUCACCCGGGCCACCGAUCUGAAGCAGAUCUUUUCAAAGUACGGCAAAGUGAUUGGUGCCAAGGUGGUCACUAAUUCGCGCACUCCCGGGACGCGCUGCUAUGGGUAUGUCACGAUGGCAUCGGCUAAGGAUGCGACGGAGUGCAUCAACCAUCUGCAUCGCACCGAACUGCACGGCCGGUUAAUUUCGGUGGAGCGCGCGAAAUCUGAGCUGGGACCGGCACGCUCAUCCUCUGCAGGAACAGAUUCUUCAUCAGCGAAAGUGACCACCUCGAAUGGCAAUACUGCUGCGAAGAGUUCAUCCGGGGGUAAAAGCGACGCGAAGCCAAAGUCUUCCACAUCCAACGAUAAGAAGAAAAAUGGCGAAGUUUCAAAGCCAGCCGUAACUACCACCGAUAAGGACAGGAAACCAGCGCCGAAAGAUCGUGCAAAGCCAACUCGGCCUACUAGGCCGACGACGGAAGGUAAACGUCCGUUAACUACAGCUACAUCAAGGGCUGCGACUGGGGGUGAAAAGAGUUCCACGGCUGGGCGAAAAAGUACCGAUGCUGCAACAGCAACCACUGGUAGGCGCAGCCGCGAUCGGAGCCGAACGUCCCGCGACCGGCGUUCGAACACGCACGGAUCAUCACAGGUGCGCGAUCGUGACCAGCAACAGCAGCAGCAGCGUUCUCGUGCCGGUAGCCGAGGGGCAACUGGAGCAACAACCGCCAAAGAAACUUCGCGGGAUUCUCGUGAAGUUCUGUCUUUGCAGAAGAUCCGCGAGGAACGGGAACGCCAUCGGUUGCGGGAACGGGAGCGACAAUUGCGCGAAGAGGAACGACGUCGGCGCGAAAUUCGAGUUCGACAGCGCGAGGAGGAAGACCGUCUGCAGCGGGAACGCGAAAAGCUGGCUGCCGAACGCGAGCGAAUCGAAAAGGAGAAAGCGGAAUUGCUGCGGAUCGUACGCGAGCGGCAGAAGCUCGAGCGAGAGAAGAUAGAACUCGAGCAUCUGGAGCUGAAACAGCAGCAAAGGAAAAUCGAAGAGGCAAAGAGGUCGCUGAAGCGUCCUUCUACCGAUCGGUAUGAUGAUGACCGCAAACGACCUGCACCAGAUCGACGCGUUGAAGCUCCACCGCCGCCAAGAUUCGAUUCGACCAUCUCGUCCGGUUCGGGUAGACGCAGCAACUACGAUCGCAUUUCGUCGUCGGACAAAAAGCCCCGCCUGGAUGAUUAUUCGUCGUCAUCGUCCUCCUCCAAGCGAGAUGACUUCAGACGAGACAGCUUCAAACGUGGAGGUGGUGAUGAUUAUAGGCGCGGUGGGGAUGAUUACAAGCGCAGCGGUGGGGAUGAUUACAAGCGCAGCGGAGGGGAUGACUUUAAGCGUGACUCCCGGGACGAUUACAAAUCAAGCGGUCGUUCGGGCGAUGAUUAUGGCAAACGGGACAGUGGCUACAGCAAGCGCGAUCUAGAUCGUCCCAUUUCCAGCUCGUACGAUGGAAGGGGUGGUGGCGGUGGCGGCGGUGGUAGUGUGCUAUUGUCGCAAUCACUAGCCAAAGAAGGACGAUACAGCGAACGUUCGAACGAUUACCGUGGCGGAGGUGGUGGAGGCGGUGCCAGUGGUGGCAGUGGAGGCGGUGGUCUGAAUGGUGGUAGCAGUGGUGGUCGCGGUGGUGGUGAAGAUCGCGAUCGCAACAAUUCCUCCAGCGGUCGAUAUGGGAACGAUCGUGCUAGCGGCGGUAAUGGCACUGCCUCCGGUGGCAAUUGGCACAACAGUGCGGGCAUGUCCCAGAUCAGCGGAAUAUCGUCGCUGGGAAACUGGGGAGACAAAACGAACGAUGGUGGUGGUAGCGGUGGUGGAGGUGGCUGGCGCAAUAUGGACAAUGGGCAGGACCGGUACGAUCGGACGUACAAUGAGCGCAAACCGAUACAGAUGUCUUCGGGUGGUGGUGGUGGUUUUAUCGAUCCGCCACGAGCGAAUCAGUUUAUGGGUGGAAGUGGUGGCGGAAGGCCUCAGGAUCGUUACGGACAAUCGAUGUCCAAUCGUUUCGACAAUGCUCGGUACUAA